AUGGCAGAAAGCAUGAGUAACUUCCCAUCAAAAGAACUUUUCACCUACAAAGGAUGUAACAUGUCAAGCAUCCAUACCAUUGAACGGCUGGAUCAAAUGGAAAAUUACAAUGUGCAUGAUUACAAUGUUUUUGUGGUGACCUAUCCUAAAUCUGUGGGCCAGUUCUACCAAGAGUUGCAGCAGAUUGAGAAGAUUGCCAUUGAUCUAGCAGUGUUGACAGAUCUACAAGCAGGGGAGUGCAAACCAUCUUAUUCUGUAGUUCCCUGGCUGGAGAUAACACACAAGGAGAUUAAUACUAAUGAUCGCCCAUCUCCAUGUUUUUUUGUUACACAUCUACCUUAUCAACUGAUACCAAAAAGUCCAAAGAACAAAAAGGCUAAAGUUAUCUAUGUGUACAGAAACCCAAAGGAUGUUGCAGUUUCUUAUAAUCAUUUUCACAAAUUUGCUAAUUAUUUGAAAUCCCCAGAAAACUUUGGAGCUUUUCUGCAGACAUUUCUGAAUGGUCAAGUGGAUUGUGACAACUGGUUUGAUCAUGUUAGGAACUGGUUUGAUCACGGGCAUGAAUUCAACAUUAUGUUCCUGUCAUAUGAAGAGAUGAUCAAGGAUUUGAGAGCAGCAAUACUGAAAUUCAUCAGCUUUCUUGGAAGAUAUCUGGAUAAUAAAAGUGUUGACAUAGUUGUGGAGCGUUCUACUUUUAAGAAUAUGAAAUCAAACCCAAACUCAAACUUUGCAGGAUUCAUGAGAGAAGGGAUAGUAGGCGACUGGACGAAUUAUUUCACUACAGCUGAAAAUGAAAUGUUUGAUAGAAUAUUCCAGGAGAAAAUGAAAAACUUUCCUCUAAAGUACACAUAG